AUGACCAGCCUAUCCACCAAGCUCGCCGAGCGUGAAGCGGCCGGCAAGCCAAUACAAAUCGGUCUCAUUGGCGCGGGGAAGUUUGGUUCAAUGUUCAUCUCUCAAUCGCAUCGGACUCCAGGAAUGCGUUUAGCUGGCAUUGCAGAUUUGUCGGCAGAUCGAGCUGUCGCAGCCUUACGAAGGACCUCAUAUCCGCCUGAUCGAUUCGACCAUACAGCUUCGUUGUCUGUUGAAGAAGGCCUCGCAGCCGGCAAGACUGCCAUCACACAAGACUCGGCUGCGCUCAUUGCAACGCCAGGAAUCGAUGUAAUUCUUGAAGCGACUGGCAGUCCAGCUGCCGGGAUCCGCCACGCGCUGCUCUGCUGCGAACAUCAGAAGCACAUUGUGAUGAUCAACGUCGAAGCUGAUGUUUUAGCUGGUCCGUUGCUUGCUCGAAAGGCACGAGAAGCCGGCAUCAUCUACUCCAUGGCGUAUGGAGACCAGCCCGCUCUCAUCGCGGAACUGGUCGACUGGGCCCGAACAGCCGGGCUGGAUGUGAUUUGCGCUGGUAAAGGCACGAAGCACUUGCCUCAAUAUCAUCACUCUACGCCCGAUACCGUGUGGGAACAUUACGGUUUCACUAAGGAGCAACUCGCUUCUGGCGAUUUCAACCCACAAAUGUUCAACAGCUUCUUGGACGGAACCAAAUCCGCGUUGGAAAUGGCCGCUGUUGCCAACGGCUGCGAUUUGGUGCCUCCAGACAAUGGAUUGUUAUUUCCGCCAUGCGGAACCCAUGACUUGCCGCAUGUAUUGCGCCCUAAAGCAGACGGCGGAAUGCUCGAUAAGAAAGGUACAGUAGAAGUCGUUUCCUGCCUUGAGACAGAUGGACGCCCUGUGCACAACGAUCUUCGCUGGGGUGUAUACGUGAUCGUAGAAGCACCGGGCGAGUAUCAGCGAGAGUGUUUCAAGCAGUAUGGUUUGCAAACUGAUAGUACGGGCAAGUACGCGGUGCAGUACAAACCCUACCAUCUGAUCGGUCUCGAGCUAGGCAUCUCAGUAGCCACUAUCAUGUGUAGAGGUGAACCGACCGGACAGACGAGGACUUGGGCCGGCGAUGUUGUCGCUACUGCGAAGCGAGAUCUCAGGGCAGGCGAGAAGCUGGACGGCGAAGGGGGCUUCAUGGUGUACGGAAUUCUGAUCCCAGCGAGAGCCUCAAUGGAGAUUGAAGGUCUACCGAUAGGGCUUGCGCAUGGUCUUGUGCUGAAGAACGACGUGAAGCAAGGUCAAGGACUCAGCUGGAAAGACGUGGAAUACAGUGCAGACACUCAAGCUGUCGCUGUAAGGAAAGCGAUGGAGGCCAUGUUCAAGAAACAGUUUGAGCAAUGUUCCUAGAGGGGGCUUUUGCUUGCACGGAAUCACAAAGCAAAUGAUGUUGCAUCUGAC